ACCACAACGCGACCAAGCUAGGAUUCGAUGACUUAAUGCGAACUGAAAAACAAUGGAUCAUCGUGUUAAACUGAAAUAAAAGAUGCGUUCUGAUCUAUCAGGCUAUAGGUAACGCGGCGAUGCGCAGCGGCAGGUGAUGUGGAUGCUGACGCGUCGUGGCUCAACUGGUCUCCAAGUGGCGCUUAGCACCUCUGGAAGAACUUUUGCGCGAUGGGCUUUCAGUAGGAGUCGGAACCAUGGAGUUAAGGGACUAUCUAAGAAGUCUUUAUGACAUAUUCCCUAUUAGUUCCAUUUUAGGCAUUUAUUGUUUAUUUAACACAACUGUGCAAAUUAACAAAUGUGUCGUUUUAAAGCGCAAACCGAGAAUUGCUUAUUGCUGCAUGUUUUAAAACUUUUAUAGGACAUUUAGUGCCGAUACUUGCCCUUAUCUAGUUAAUCCGGAUCCCGUUGGCUCGCAUGGGACUGAGGCACUCAUCGCGGUGCCUGCUCCUGCGGAGAAAGAUGGCGGAUGCGGAGAGCUCGGAGCAGCGCCAGCAGCAUCAGCAGCAUAUUUCCAGUGUUCCCUCGUCCCAGGCCAUGCAACCUUCUCCGCUACCAAAGCCAGUGACCUCCGUUCAUCAUGUUCCACACCCCCCGCACACCCCACAUGUCUCUGCACUGUCCGCCUGUCCGGGACGAGGCAAAAUGGCCAAGCUACUCAACCCAGAGGAGAUGACAUCCCGGGAUUACUACUUUGACUCCUAUGCCCACUUUGGAAUUCAUGAGGAAAUGCUAAAGGAUGAGGUGAGGACACUAACUUAUAGGAACUCCAUGUACCACAAUAAACACAUCUUUAAGGAUAAGAUUGUUCUAGAUGUGGGCAGCGGAACCGGAAUCCUCUCCAUGUUUGCUGCCAAGGCAGGAGCCAAGCAUGUGUAUGGGAUUGAAUGCUCCAGUAUAUCAGAGUAUUCCGAAAAAAUCAUCAAAUCAAAUCACCUGGACAAUGUUAUUACGAUCAUUAAAGGGAAGGUGGAGGAGACUGAACUGCCCGUGGAUCAGGUGGACAUCAUCAUUUCAGAGUGGAUGGGCUACUGUCUUUUCUAUGAGUCUAUGCUCAAUACUGUCAUCUACGCCAGGGACAAAUGGCUGAAACCUGGCGGUUUCAUGUUUCCAGACAGAGCGACAUUGUAUGUGGUUGCCAUUGAGGAUCGACAGUACAAAGACUUCAAAAUCCACUGGUGGGAGAACGUCUAUGGUUUUGACAUGACGUGCAUUCGGAACGUUGCUAUGAUGGAGCCCCUGGUGGACAUAGUAGACCCUAAACAAGUCGUGACCAACACCUGCCUUGUUAAGGAGGUGGACAUCUACACGGUGAAGCCGGAGGACCUGGCGUUCACCUCGGCCUUCUGUCUGCAGAUUCAGAGGAACGACUAUGUUCACGCUCUCAUCACGUACUUCAACAUUGAGUUCACCAAGUGUCACAAGAAGACGGGCUUUUCUACAGCCCCUGACGCUCCCAGCACUCACUGGAAGCAAACAGUGUUUUAUCUGGAGGAUUACUUAACGGUGCGGAGAGGAGAAGAAAUCCUGGGAAGCAUCACCGUCAAGCCCAACGAGAAUAACCAGCGUGACUUGGACUUCACCUUCGAGCUGGAUUUUAAAGGGCAGCUCUGUGACGCAGCCAUCUCUCAUGACUACAAGAUGCGGUAAAACUCGUGCGGCAUCUUGAGUCGGGACACCGUUUCCCAGGGAGAUUCGGUGGAGAGAUGGACUGUGUCUCUCCUCUGCCUCUGUCUGGAUAAGAGAGGCUGGCGAACCACAGGACCCUUCUGUGAUGUCAUCAGUGCGAGGCCAGCACUCAAGCAAUAGUCACCGCGCGUCACGUUCUUAAAUGCACGUAAAGAAUAGACUGUGAAAACAUCACUCUGAAUGUAACUGUAAACGAGUCUGAGAAUGUCAAAGUUUGUGUUUAUUCAACCACAUAAGAUAGAAAAGUGUUAAUGAACAGUAUAUGCCAAUGUGAAAUCGUACAAUGCCUCAUAGAACAAAGGCUUCAGUUUGGAUGCAUAAAUGAAGAGUUUAGCUGAUGUUUAAGUGCAUUUUAUUGUGUUAUAUUUAUUGGGUUAGUGU